AUGCGAAGAACAGUCGACCAGUGUCCUGCCGACAUUGUCUUAGCACCAUCAGGGUGCCCCUUGACUGACCUCGAGGACGCCGACGAUGUCGUUAUAUUCGCGGAAAACAGUACGAAGCUGGCUGCAGCCCAUGGACUACGCCUACGCCCUGAUAAAUGCAAGCAGAUGUGGAUCUCUUCGAGACCACGAACGGGAAUAAGGGUGGACGGACAACCGAUAGAACUCGUCGAUGAGCUCUGUUACCUAGGCCGUACGCUGAAGAACAAUGGCAGCUACGAGAGAGAUGUUCAGCAAAGAUGCGCUAAGGCCACUUCUGCAUUUAACUCCUUAACGAAAUGCCUGUGGUCGACCCCCAUCACCAAUGAAGUCAAGCUGCAAGUCUACCUAUCCGCAAUUCGCCCAUCAUGA